CGUUUGCAUUUCUUGGUAUCAGGGUUUUCUCCAUCUCUCCUAUGUUACAUUUCCCAUCAUACGUAUACAUAGGCGGCGCCUCAGUUUCCUCCGCAGCUCCCCGCUGUUCUCUCUCUCUCUCUCUCUCUCUCUCUCUCUGUUAAACUCGUAGAUUGAAGAGAGAAAUGGGAGAGCAGAAGCCUAAAUCCGUCGGUGUAUGGCCGGCCGUCAAGCCCUUCGUCAAUGGCGGAGCCUCUGGCAUGCUCGCCACCUGUGUCAUCCAACCCGUCGAUAUGAUCAAGGUCAGGAUUCAAUUGGGUCAAGGGUCAGCGGCAGAUGUGACAAAGAACAUGCUUAAGAAUGAGGGUGUUCGCGCCUUUUACAAUGGGCUGUCUGCUGGGCUGCUUAGACAAGCUACCUAUACAACUGCCCGGCUUGGAACAUUUAGGAUUCUGACAAACAAGGCAAUUGAGGCUAAUGAUGGGAAGCCCCUACCCUUGUAUCAGAAGGCUUUGUGUGGCUUAACUGCUGGAGCAAUUGGAGCAUGUGUUGGUAGUCCAGCAGAUUUAGCCCUCAUUCGAAUGCAGGCAGAUGCUACCUUACCUGUUGCACAGCGCCGGAACUACACAAAUGCAUUCCAGGCCCUCUAUCGUAUUGUUGCAGAUGAAGGUGUGUUGUCUCUUUGGAAAGGUGCGGGCCCUACUGUUGUGAGAGCUAUGGCACUGAACAUGGGAAUGCUUGCCUCAUAUGACCAAAGUGUGGAAUUCUGCAAGGAUACUCUCGGGUUGGGUGAGGCUGCUACAGUGGUGGGGGCUAGUUCGGUUUCAGGAUUCUUUGCUGCAGCCUGCAGUUUACCCUUUGAUUAUGUGAAAACCCAGAUACAGAAGAUGCAACCUGAUGCUGAGGGGAAAUACCCAUACACAGGUUCUCUGGAUUGUACCAUGAAAACCCUCAAAGCCGGAGGGCCCUUCAAGUUCUAUACUGGAUUUCCUGUAUACUGUGUCAGGAUUGCUCCCCAUGUCAUGGUAAUCAAUUCUCUCUCUCUCUCUCUCUCUCUCUCUCUCUCUCUCUCUCUGUGUGCAGCUAUUGAAUGACGAUGGGGCAGCUGCCCCUAAUAAAAUCAUAAUCAUUAUUAUACAUGCCUCCAAUGUUUUUAGCUCCUAAAAUGUCAAUCAGAAUUUCCUUCGUCCCCUGGAAUUUCAAUUUUUACUGAUAUAUAUGGCUGAUACUAGUGUGUUUCUAUGCAUAGAAAGCCAUCUUUGAUGUCAUUAUAUUGAAACACUCGUGUAAAGGUGCCCCCAAACCAAACAAAAUUCCAAGUUCCACCACUAUGUUGUGUGUGCACGCCUGUUAUUUAUGGUAACCCCACCUGCUAAUGAGGUGGGACACGGGAGCCCACUUUUGUUCUGUUCAUGUUUUACAUUACUGUUGUUUGGUGUGUUACGUGCAGAUGACAUGGAUUUUCCUCAACCAAAUCCAGAAGCUUGAGAAAUCUGUUGGGUUGUAGUGUUAGCGGAUUUGAAGAUUUCAGUCGGAGUUCAGCUCUAUUACUAUUGGAAUAAUACUUUGGGCCAUCUGUUGUACUUUGUUACUAGUUUUGGUGACCUCGCAUCCUCCAGGCCAAACCUUUUGCUUGAGAAACUUUUACAGCGUUUGCAUUAUUGUAUUACAUUUGAAUCGAGUUAGAAAUUUUUUGGAUGCGACAGAAGUGGGAUCUUUUGCGUUUUCCAGUCAGACAAAUUCGGGAAUUAAUUAUUUGGAAAUGCUUGAGAAAAAAUUGUUCAAGCAAAAUAAUCUUGUGAACUCUUGAGUAGCUCUAUGGACGGAUGUAUUUCUGAUCGUUUGUUGCAAUUUGCUUUUAUUUGCUGAUUUAAA